AUGGAUAUUACGAUACUGGUGACACUCGUCGCCUGGCUGGGAAUGGAAUAUCGUUCGAUAAAUAAUAAAAUAAAGGACGUUGUAGCGAGGGCAAACACAUCGCUUCCCAAAAUAAUCGUGACGUCUGACUUUUAUGCAGAGAAUUUACGAAUCCUAUCAAAAUUUCACUACGACCUUUGCGAAAUUGGUAAACGUUUGAAUCGACGCUACUACGCGCCUGUCAUCGUUAACGUGACGACAGCCUUUGUGAUAUUGAGCACCAACCUUUUUUUCCUUCUUGAUGAACUUCGCCAUGGGGAUUAUAUGAGCAUGAUGGUUUUUGUUUCGUAUAUUCAAUUGGAGAUUAGUUACAGCCUCCCGAUAAUCAUAACCGUGAUUAUUUGCAAUUGGACGUCGAAUCAGGCUGCUCAUACUGCAGAACUGAUCCACGAAAUUCGAGCAAUGAAUACGGACUCGCAAUUGUACGACGUUAUCAAAUCGUUUUCGUUGCAGUUGCAUCACCAAAAACUCGAAUUUACGGCCUGUGGACUUUUCCCUCUUGAUUCCAGUCUAUUACAAAUGAUGGUCGGAAAGAUAACGACUUAUUUAGUUAUACUUAUACAGUUCCAGUCAAAUCUAGGAUGGAGUUUUGAGUCCAGUUAAAUCGCGAAAGUGAAAUUGCAAAACAGAAAGAAG